AUGGAUGACAUCGUCGUUGUACAACCAAAAAAUGUAAAUCAAAUUAUAGUCGAUUUACAACAAUUAGCUGAUGAAAACGAAGAAUUACUAAAACAAAAACAAGAAACCAUUGAAGAAAAAGAAAAAACUAUUGAAGAAAAAGAAAAGCUGCUUAAAGAAGAAAAACAAAAAUGUUUAGAUCUAGAGAAAAAAUGUUUACUCCUCGAAAAAACAUUGAAAUCAAAACAAAUUACUUGGGGUGAUCAAAAAUAUGAAUUUAUCUCAAACAGAAUUUUUAAUUUAUUUACACUAACAUAUUUUGGCAUUUCAUGGAGAACUAUAGAUGAUUUUCUUCAGCAAAUUGGUGGAACAACAUGUCGUACAGCACACAAAUGGGCUGAAACAUUUAUUGCUGAUGAUUUGGAUGAAUUCAAUGAAGAGUGUCGUGGUCGAAAACGUUUUGAUAGAUAUCAACGAAAAGAUGCAUCUUUUACUUCGUUGGAGAUGGCUCAAUAUCUAGAUCAACAAUACUACAAAUUGACAGGACGGGUAAAAACAAGUGAUCAGUUAGUUCGCAGUGAACGAAUGUGUCGUCUUGAUUUACGUCGUUAUGGAUUCACAUUUGAUAAAAAUACACAGAGAUCAUAUUGGUCUGGCCAUGAACGACCAGAUGCUGUGGAAAAUAGAAAAGAAUUUGUUCAAGCAUUUUUAGAAAAUAAACAAAGUUAUUAUUUAGUUACAGAUGGUAUAAAUUCUCAAUGGAUAUUUCCAAAACAAGAUCCAGUUAUUCUGUUAUCACAUUCAUCAGCACGCGCAAGAACUAAUCAAGAGCUAUCAAAGAAACUAUUCAUAUAA